GCGUUUAUUGUGAAAGGUUUAGGCGGAAGCUAGUUAGCGGUGGAUGCAGAAGCUAGCUAGUUCUGUGAGGUUCGGUUUAGUGCAGUCAGAACCAGAGAACCAUGGCCUACCAGCUGUACCGGAACACCACGCUGGGGAACAGCCUCCAGGAGAGUCUGGACGAGCUCAUCCAGACCCAGCAGAUCACCCCCCAGCUGGCCCUGCAGGUUCUCCUUCAGUUCGAUAAAGCCAUCAACGCAGCACUGGCCAGCCGGGUCCGGAACCGGGUCAACUUCAGGGGUUCUCUGAACACCUACCGGUUCUGCGACAACGUUUGGACCUUCGUUCUGAACGACGUGGAGUUCAGGGAGGUCACAGAGCUGGUCAAGGUCGACAAGGUGAAGAUCGUCGCCUGCGACGGAAAGAGUGAGUCCGAGCAGAACUGCAACAGAACCUGAGAAAGAGUCCGGAACCCAGAUCAGCUGCAGAUUCGGGCUCCAACGCUGCAGAGUGAUCCUCCAUCGGCUGGACUGUACAGAUAACUUAUACAGCACAAUUACACCUGUGUGUGUGUGGGUGUGUGUAUGUGAGUGAGAGAGUGUGAGUGUGUGUGUGUUUUUUAUUCCCAUCAGGAGAAGUGUGUUCAAUUUGUUGAAUCAUCUUUAAUAAUAAAAGUUGAUGGAAAGCUGC